UUAGUUCAGAAAACGAUCAAGACAAAUUGUUAAGGUCGCAGCAGAAAUAUCUGACUUGCCAUGAUCUGUCAGAAAUACCAAGCAGGUACACAAAGUCAACACUGCGCCCACUCUGUAUCUGCAACUUGAACAACAUGUCUCUCUUCAUCAAAUGAAGUGCAUACAAGCUUUCAUCGACAACCGCCGAACUCCGCCAAGUUUGUGGAAGGAUCGCCAGAUUGGAACCAAACGGGCAGGUCGUAGCGACUCCAUGACUCGAGAGUGACUAAUUUUCAUGGUCCAACUCCAAGGUUUGACGGGCCAUUAUGGCGCUGAUAGGUUCGAAUGGUAGAUAGGCCGGGAUCUAAUGCAAGUGGAUUGGGGAAGAUGGAUCUCCUAUCGCAUCUCCGGAACUUCCCCCACUUCCCGUCGUCGUUACAACCGGCCCUGACGUUUUAUAUCGAUGCGGUAGCUCUGAAUACUGGUCUUUGCAACUAAGCUUUUAUCAUCCGGAAAGUUAGUCCGCAGUCAAGAUGUUCACUGCUGCAGCUGGUACUGUGCUGAGCCUGUUGGCGGGAAGAGCCAUGGCGGAGACGGUCCAUGGAGUUGUUGUCUUCACCCGUCACGGAGAUAGAACAACCAAACACUACGGCGCCCAAACCCUCACCAACCUCGGCACCACCCAAAACUUUCAAAUCGGCGGCGACUACCGCGCCCGCUACAUCGAAUCCAGCUCCCCUCACCAAAUCCUCAACAUCUCCGAAUUCAACUACGUCCCCUCCCAAAUCUACGCCUCCGCUCCAAAUCAAGGCAUCCUCCUCAACACCGCCACCGCCUUCCUCCAGGGCCUCUACCCACCCCUCGCCGACCUCAACCCCUCAAUCGCAACCCAAACCCUCAACAACGGAAGCGAAUCCACCUCCCCCCUAAACGGCUACCAAUACAUCACCCUCCAAGGCAUCCCCCCCAACUCCCCCGACGCAAUCUGGAUCAAAGGCGACGACAACUGCCCAGCCGUCACCCAAGCCAGCCAAUCCUUCGAAUCCAGCCCCGAAUUCACCACCAAACUCACCUCCACCCGGGAAUUCUACCAAAGCCUCUUUCCUGUCUUAAAAUCGGUAUAUGAUAUCACCUCCCCAGAAGAUCUAAGCUACGCCUCCGCCUACGACAUCUACGACCUCAUCAACGUCGCCCGGCUGCACAACUCCUCCUUUUCCAUCUCCCCCUCCCAACUCUUCCAACUCCGCACCCUGGCCGACAGCGCAGAGUUUGCAUACAAUUUCAAUGCCUCGCAGCCUGAGCGGUCGAUCCAUGCCCGGACCUUAUCGUCUGCCAUCCUGACGCAGCUGAACAAAACUGUUGCCUUGGAGGGCGCGCUCAAGUUUUCUCUGUUGGCGGGGAGCUACGAUGCGUUUCUUGCGUUUUUUGGACUUGCCGGGCUGACGGAGGUAAGUGAGAGUUUUUAUGGUUUGCCUGAUUAUGCGUCUACGAUGGCUUUUGAGCUCUAUUCCCCUGAGACGAGGACUUCUUUCCCGGAGGAGAAGGAUCUUUGGGUGAGGUUUUUGUUUAAGAAUGGGACUGCUGGGGGGUUGGAUUCUUGGCCGCUGUUUGGGACCGGGAGGGAGAGUCUCUCUUGGGGGGAGUUUACUAGGGAGAUGAAGGGGAGGGCUAUUGGGAGUGCGGAGGAGUGGUGCUCUGCUUGUGGGAGCAGCGAUGGGUUUUGCGCGACGUAUACUGGUGUUGCUGCUGAGAUGUUCACCAGAGGGGGCAUGCCGAAUGCUAUUGCUGGGGUUGUUGGCGCGGCGGUUACGCUUGUGGUGUUGGGAAUUGUGGGGUUGGUGGCGUUUUUGUUUGUGAGGAGACGGAGAUCGGGCGGGAGUGUGGUGGUGAUGGCGGAUGAGAAGGGGAGUGUGAGGAGUGGGAGUACGGGGGCUGGCAAGCUGUGAAUCACUGAAUAUUAUCAGCGGCAAAGAGUGUAAAGGUAUCUGAGAAAAAGGAGAAAGGCAAAUUUGAAAACUACCUGGUGGUUACAAGAUUCCACUUUGUGUUUAGCGGGAUACUUGUCAAGUUGUCAUGCGAUUCUAACAUCUUGAUUUACCUGCACCUGAGAUUUGUUGUGAAAUGUAUAUUACCAUCAUACAUAAGGUACUAAAGACACAUCAACAAACCCUCUGGAG